AGUAGCAGUGCCGUUCAGCUGGUUGGAAGGGAGAGAGGAUCGGAGAGGAACUCUAGGAGGGAAGACAGGGAGGAACUCUAGGAGGGAAGACAGGGAGAGAGGGUCGGAGAGGAACUCUAGGAGGGAAGACAGGGAGGAACUCUAGGAGGGAAGACAGGGAGAGAGGGUCGGAGAGGAACUCUAGGAGGGAAGACAGGGAGGAACUCCAGGAGGGAAGACAGGGAGAGAGGGUCGGAGAGGAACUCUAGGAGGGAAGACAGGGAGAGAGGGUCAGAGAGGAACUCUAGGAGGGAAGACAGGGAGGAACUCUAGGAGGGAAGACAGGGAGAGAGGGUCGGAGAGGAACUCUAGGAGGGAAGACAGGGAGAAGCGUAGACUAACUGAAGAGGGAAGACAGGAGUGUGUUGGUGUGGAACGGUCUUGUUGUGGUCAGUGGUGGGCUGGUCUGGUGUUUCCUGUCCAUUCAAGGGCAUUCCAUCUGCUGAGACCUGGACAGGAGAGAGACAGCGGAGAGGAGCAACCAGCCACAUAGGUCUCACUGGGUUGGAGAGAGAGAGAGGGACAGGGGAGGAGGGAGAGACGCAUAAGGAAGGAGGCUACGAGGGGAGCCACAUGGUCUCAGUCCCACAGGGAGCUACUCUUCUGGGGACAGUAGACUGACGAGCCACAGUAGUCUACUACUACCAUGGGGGACUGGAACCUGUUGGGGAAGUUGCUGGAGAAAGCCCAGGAACACAGCACCGUAGUGGGAAAGGUCUGGCUCACGGUUCUCUUCAUCUUUAGGAUCCUGGUCCUGAGCGCCGCAGCAGAGAAGGUGUGGGGGGACGAGCAGUCAGGGUUCACCUGCGACACCAAGCAACCCGGAUGUGAGAACGUCUGUUAUGACAUCACCUUCCCCAUCUCUCACGUCCGCUUCUGGGUCCUACAGAUCAUAUUCGUCUCCACGCCCACCCUCAUUUACCUGGGUCAUAUAUUACACCUGGUGAGGAUGGAGGAGAAACAGAAGCAGAGAGAGAAGGACGCAGAUCGGGCCGGGGACAAACUGGAGACCAGAGCCUGUAAAGCCCCGGUGAGGGACGACAGUGGUAGGGUUCGACUGAAGGGGGAACUACUGAGGACCUACGUGUUCAACGUCAUCUUCAAGACGCUGUUCGAGGUGGGCUUCAUAGUCAUGCAGUACCUGCUCUAUGGCUUCCAGCUGCAGCCCAUGUACACCUGUGACCGCUCGCCCUGCCCCAACACAGUCAACUGCUACAUCUCCCGACCCACAGAGAAAACCAUCUUCAUCAUCUUCAUGCUAGUAGUGGCAGGUUUGUCUCUGUUCCUCAACCUGAUAGAGAUGUACCACCUGGGAUCCACUAAGUGUCGCCAGGGGAUCAAGUACCACCAGGAGGAUCUGAGCUCAGACUCUGUCUCCAAGGAGCCCAGCGAGGUGGACGAGGCUGUACCCUACGCUCCCAGCUACGACCACUACCACGGAGGCCAGCCAGCCUACCCCCAACUCCAACCAGACCAGCAGGUCCAGCCAGCAUACCCUCCUGUCCCCAGCUAUAACAUGUCCCCGCUAUCUGAGGAGACUGACUCCACCUACCAGCCCUACCACAACAAGGCAGCCUACAAGCAGAACAAGGACAACCUGGCGGUGGAGAGGAGUGGCAGCAGGCAGCCGGAAGAGGAGGGGGACUUGAAAGGGAAGAAGGGUGGAGGAGAAACGUGGGGGGGGUCGGAGCCAGGUUCCCCAUCUCUAGCCCGGGCUGGACGCACCACUGCUAAACACGGCAACAACAAGACCAGAAUAGACGAUCUGAAGAUCUGAGAGGGGGGUUAGGUUGCUAUGACGAUGUCUUAGGUUCCUUCCGAGGGUCUUAUGUUGCUUGAAAGGCAUUCUUAGGGUUCUGCCCCAAAUGGCACCCUAUUCGCUAUAUAGUGCACUACUUUUGACCGAGGCCUGUGACAGUCCAGAGCUCCGGUCCAAAGUAGAUCACUAUAUAGGGAAUAGGGUGCCAUUUGGGACACAGAGGUGUCCAACAGACCUGAGGCCAUCCUGCCCUCCCCCCCGGUGGCCUGGUGGAUGGCAGAGCUUUGACUCACUGGGAGGGGGAAUGACACUUGUAGGACACACAAAUAAACUGUGAGCGUUACGGUUGUAAAACACGAUCUACGAAGGGACCAUUGGGUUUCAUAUUACAUGACGAACCGCGACGUCUCAAAUCUCUUUUAGAAAACCUUCUGGUUCUGGUCUCUACGUGGGAAAGAAGGUUCUGGUCUCUACGUGGGAAAGAAGGUUCUGGUCUCUACGUGGGAAAGAAGGUUCUGGUCUCUAGGUGGGAAAGAAGGUUCUGGUCUCUAGGUGGGAAAGAAGGUUCUGGUCUCUAGGUGGGAAAGAAGGUUCUGGUCUCUAGGUGGGAAAGAAGGUUCUGGUCUCUAGGUGGGAAAGAAGGUUCUGGUCUCUAGGUGGGAAAGAAGGUUCUGCUCUCUACGUGGGAAAGAAGGUUCUGGUCUCUACGUGGGAAAGACGGAUCACGUCCAUUAAAUACAACAACUAUUAUAUUGGAAAUGUUUGUGCAUUUCAGACUCUGAAGAAUAAGAGGAUAUAUUCGACAUGUAGUUAUCGAACGUUGUGUGUUGUGUUGUAGUAAUGAUGCUAUAUUGGGGGGGGAAAGGAUGUUAUUUAACAUUUGACGAAGUAAAAAAAAAUG